AUGCCUCUUCCCUACGGUGUAUACAGAGCCGACCACGUCGGCUCGUUCUUGCGCUCCAAAUCUGUCCUUGACGCACGCCCAAAAGCCGCCAACGGAGAAAUCAGCGCCGACGAGCUUCGCAAGAUCGAAGACACUGCAAUCGCCGAUGUCGCAAACAAGCAGAUCGAGAACGGCCUCCUCUCCAUCACCGACGGCGAGUUCCGCCGUGCAUACUUCCACCUCGACUUCCUCAAACACUUGGCUGGCAUCGAAGAGAGGGGCCAAGUAGGAAAUAUCAGGCACAAGGACGGCUUCUCGCCACCUACACUGGUGGUAGAGGGAAAGCUGGGACACCCUGAGGCGAUACAGGUUCAGGACUUCAACUUCCUCGAGCAGACCAUCAAGAAGAAUGGCAGUGCUGCGACGACGAAAGUGUGCAUCCCUAGCCCAACGAUGGUCCACUUCCGCGGCGGUCGAGCAUCGAUCGACAUCUCCGCGUACCCUGACCUAGAUGUCUUCUUCGAAGACCUAGCAAGGGUCUACCAGGAGGAGCUCGCGUCGCUCUACGAGGCAGGGUGCCGCUUCGUCCAGCUCGACGACACGAAUCUGGCCUAUUUGUGCGAUCCUGAUAUGCGGAAAGCCGCUGAGCAAGAUCGCAAUGAGGACUUGAGCACGCUGCCGAGGAAGUACGCCGAAUUGAUCAACAAGGCCAUUUCCAAGCGGCCCGCCGACAUGAAAAUUGGCAUCCACUUGUGCAGGGGUAAUUAUAGGAGCAAAUGGUUCGCAUCAGGCGGCUAUGAACCCGUCGCAGAAAUCCUCUUCAAGGAACUCAAUGUCGAUGCGUACUUCCUCGAAUACGAUGAUGCGCGGUCCGGUGACUUCUCGCCUCUGAGACACUUGCCGGAGCACAAGGUUGUCGUUUUGGGUGUCAUGAGCAGCAAGAAGAACACAUUGGAUGAUAAGGAGGAGAUCAUCAAGAGGCUGAAAGAAGCCGCUGAGAUUGCGCCAAAGGGCCUGGAUCAGUUGUGUCUGAGUCAUCAGUGCGGAUUCUCAAGUACAGCGGAGGGCAAUGAGUUGACUGAGGAGGAGCAGUGGGCGAAGGUGAGGCUCGAGGUUGAGAUUGCCAAGGCGGUCUGGGGCGACGACUUGAGUAAAUGA